AUACAAGUAUCUUGUUCUCCGGUGGCCGGACUACUCAGCCACGGUCAGAGAACUCAUCGUCUCCGAUGGAAAGGCAACUACCUCUUCAACAUGGUGGUUGUGGCGAGAAUCUCGCUCCCACGUUCACCACUCAUGUAAAGCAACCUCCUGUGCCGACAGUUACUCAUAAAACUGUCUCAGAAGCUAGACCAUGCUUGAACGUGAGAGUUGGUGGAGGGUUAAUAGCUCAUGUGCUACCACAAGCUUGUCCAACCUCGAUGACAUCUAUGCUCGAGCGGCCUGGUGGAUGCAAAUCGCCAGGGGGGCAUGCAGAGGGCCAUGGAAGUCUACCUAACAAGGUGAAGUGUCAGGCUGGGGGACACGUUGAUGUCAAGAAAAUCGAACACAAGGGUGUGUCCAACAUAAUACCAUGUUUAUCUUCUAAGGAUUACAUGAGGGACAUGUCAUCAACCACAAGCAGUGGGUUGACAGUUGUGUCCAAGAAGCCACUACAAUCCCAAACUACAUGUGCUGCUAGUAAGAAUGUUAGCGUGGCUAUGUUUGGAAAGGGGGACAUGUCUCCAUCUCCAUGCAGUGGACAGGGGGGCAUGUCAUCAAACAUGAUGAAUGAAGUGAGUGGCAAGUCUAAGUGGGUGUUGGACACCCAUGCCACCCAUGAUUUUCAUAACUUUGACAGCGUGUCAAAGAGUGGACAAGGAGGCAAAGGCCCUUGUAGCAUGCCACCCAUGAAUGGUCGACAAGGGGGCAUGUCACCAACCACUAACAAUAGACAGAUAGACGUGCCCAAGAAACCACAACAAAUUCAAGCCACACAUGCUUAUAGUAAUCAUGAUAGUGUAGCUAAGGAUGACAUGGGGGGCAUGUCAUCAAUCACCACUAGUAGGUUGAUAGGUGUGCCCAAUAAGCCACAACAUGAAGCCACACAUGCUUUUAGUAAGCAUACUAAUAAGGCUAAGUUUGGAAAGGGGGGCACGUCAACAAUCAUGAAUAAUGGUAUGGGAGACAUGUCUCCAACCACUAGACAAGGGGGCGUGUCACCGACCAUGAAGAAACAAGUGGGAGAAAAUUAUAUGAGUAUGCAGCACACCCAAGCCACUCAAAAAAAUUCUAAGUAUGAGAGUGUGUUAAUAGAUGGACAAAGAAGCAAGUGCAUGCUUAACAACCCUCAUGGCAUGCCAAAUAUGAAUGGCAGGGGCAUGAACAAGACAUCCCGGCAUACAAAAACCAAAAAUGGUCCUACAAAGAACCAGAGGUUAUGUGCUACGUGUAGAAGUCAGGAAGCCGUAAGGGUUGAACAGGAUCAAGUUGGCCACCAGGGUGGUCAUCGACUUGUUAAGUCCAAACACCCAUCUUUCCAACCAUAUGGGAAGAAUAAGCAUGUGUCUCAUCAGGGGGAACUAAGACAAACGACAACUCAUGGUCUUGUUGAUGACUCAAAGGAGUUGAAGAUGUUUAGUGUGCAACCCAGGAUGAGGCAAAAACAUCGGGCUCAAAAUAAGAACAAUGUGUCCAAUGAGAUGGCUCAGGCAAAGGAGCAUGAGACCCCUUGCAAGCCUUCCAAAGCAAGACAAGUUGAUUAGGUACCAUCCGUUGUUAAGUUGGAAAAUUCGUAACCAACACCGAAGGAAUGGUCUUUUCUUAAGGAGGGAAGGCAUGUAGUGUAUGGAUGGUUGGUCUGGUUUGAUUCAUGGAUUUGGCAAUGGGUGUACACCUUUGGCACAUUGUUAGUUGCCAAAGGGUGUGGAAAUCAGUGACGUCUAUCACUCCUUACUAUAUUAAUUAUAUAAAUAAUAGUUAUAAAAAAAGAGAAAAAGUGAAAAUAGGCCACUCAUGGCUAAAAAAGAAGAAGAUGUCGAAGUAGCAAGUUUUUGUUUAGACUUGUGAUGAGAGGUUCUUGUCAUGAAUGGUAAUCCACAGUAAUGUGUUUGGAUCCAUGCCACUUACAGGGCAUGAGCAAGAGAUCGGGUAUGUGACCUAGAACCUUCAUGGUCCAUGCCAUCAUACCCAAUGGGGCUUACUUGUUAAAAAAUUUAGAUGGUGUGUUUCAUGAUCGAUUGAUCAAUGGUAAGUAUCUCAAGCCUUACGUACCUUCUCUUUGGGACGUGGGGUGUCAAAGGGUUCAAUGUUAGUAGGCCACCAUGGUGGCCGACAUGCCAAACCGCCCGCACCCUAAGGCAUGACAUGACACCCUCAUGAUGAUGUCUGGCUUGAGUAGCUAGCCAUGGCAUGGAAGGUAUAUUGAGAUAAAAGUAUAACAUUGAU